CCAAGGCCGAUGCUGAGGAGAAAAAGAGAGCUUUUGGCUUGACUUACCUCAUCGAUGAAAAUCCGCCAUGGUAUAUCUGCUUGUUGCUGGGUUUUCAGGUACGAAAGAAGUGAUUGAAGUUAGCUCCACUGAUUUCUGUCUCUUUAGACGGCGUUUUCUUAUCGUAGGUCCGUCAGUGCAGUCAUCAAACAAGUCUUCAAAGGCCAAUAAUCGGCCACAUACCAACGAUGAACGAUUUGUAGGAGUUGAUAAGGCCGGGGUGCACGAAGGCCUGGUGAAAGGGCAUUACCUUACAAUGCUAGGAGGAACCUUGUCAAUUCCCUUUAUCCUUAGCGGUCCAAUGUGUUUUGGUAGUAACACCCUUGCCAUAAGUGAAGUUCUGAGCACGAUACUUUUUGUUUCUGGAGUUGUCACUUUGUUGCAGUCAACCUUUGGAGCCAGGUUGCCAAUCAUUCAGGGCGGAGCUUUCUCUUUUCUCACACCAACUUUUGCCAUUUUGUCUCUGCCUCAGUGGAACUGUGAUAAACUUAAAGAAAAUAGUAAUUCAACAAUAGAAAUGUCCGAUAUCUGGAAGCCCGGCAUGAGAGAGAUCCAAGGUGCUAUAAUGGUUUCAUCAUUAUUUCAAAUGUUGGUCGGCUUCACUGGAAUCGUCGGUUUUCUUCUCCGUUUUAUUGGACCGCUGACCAUAGCACCUACGAUCACUCUUGUGGGUCUGGCUCUUUUUAAUGUAGCCGCAGAACACGCAGGAAAUCACUGGGGAAUUUCAAUGACGACAAUCGUUUUAAUUGCCUUGUUCUCACAAUACCUUACCAAAAUAAAGAUUCCAUUUCCUGGAUACAGCAAAGAUCGUGGAGGGUGUUACAUUGGUCACUAUCCGUUAUUCAGAUUGUUUCCAGUAAUCCUUGCAAUCGCUGUAUCUUGGAUAAUUUGCGCCAUCAUCACUGCUGCGGGAGGUUUUCCCUCUGAUCCUGACGUUCCUCAAUACAUGGCGAGGACUGAUGCUAGAACUGCGGUGUUGAAAGAAGCCAAAUGGUUCAGAUUUCCCUACCCAGGUCAGUGGGGGACGCCUUCUGUUAGUGCCGCAGGGGUGUUUGGGAUGCUUGCUGGCGUGCUGGCCUCCAUUAUCGAGUCCGUGGGUGAUUACUACGCAUGCGCGAGAUUGGCAGGAGCACCGCCACCGCCAAAACACGCCGUAAACCGUGGAAUCGGAAUGGAAGGGCUAGGAUGUCUCUUAGCUGGAGCUUUUGGUACCGGGAAUGGUACAACAUCAUACAGUGAAAACGUGGGGGCCAUCGGGAUAACAAAGGUUGGAAGCCUCCGUGUCAUUCAGUUUGGCGCUUUGGUACUGAUGGCUGUAGGUGUUCUCGGCAAAUUUGGCGCGUUGUUCGUCUGCAUCCCAGAUCCCAUCGUCGGUGGAGUGUUCAUGGUCAUGUUUGGUAUGAUAACCGCGGUUGGAAUCUCCAAUCUGCAGUUUGCUGACAUGAAUUCUUCCAGGAAUCUGUUCAUCGUUGGAUUUUCUACUGUAUUUGGAUUGGGUCUGCCGUACUACAUGAAAAAUCACGAUGACGCGAUUAAUACAGGUGUUUCAGAAAUUGACCAAAUCGUCACAGUGCUCUUCAAAACAAGUAUGGCAGUAGGGUGCAUCUCUGCUCUCAUACUCGACAAUACCAUCCCUGGAACUGACGAGGAGCGCGGUAUUAAGGCAUGGAGGGAGCACCUAUCAGAUGAUAGUGAGGGACAAAUGGAGACAGCCUCCAUUAAAGUCUAUGACCUGCCGCUUGGUCUCAACCGCGUCACUAACUUCAAAGUGGCCAAGUAUUUGCCUUUUCUACCGAACCACGAGGAGGAACAUCAAGCAGCAUACAAUGUGGAAAUGAACAGCGUUCAUUAACUGUUAAAGCAUUCUUUAGACAGCAAACAACGUCUCCAGUUAUUUUUCUGGAAACUUCGGUGUUUUCAUUAAUUGGGUGUUCCCACACAUAUCUUGAUUUAUGAAAUUGUUGAUCUGUGUUUUAAAACUGAGUAACUUCUGUUACUGCGGAUGAUCAUGAAAAUCCGAUUGAGGCAUCUCUCCCGGUUUCUUUUGUAAUAACGUACUAGAAAAGAUUACGCGCGUCUGAUUGGCUGAAAACGAGUGUGUUUUUCAUGUAACACGUGCGUAAAGUUGCAACGCGCGCGUGUUGUCAACAUUUUGUCUAUCUUAACUUUCUGUAAUGCCAUUCAUGUAAAUUAUUAACAAGUAACAGCAAGAUAUCUCGUGCGAUUUUGUGUAAACAAGCACUUGAAACAUUUUUCGAAGACUACAAAUUGCUCUCACCAUACGGGCUCGUGCAAUGUUGUUGUCUUUGAAAAAUUUACUCGUGCUUAUUAAAACCAAGUUGCGCUCGAAAUCACGUUAUUACCCAUACUUAAAUUCUCAACUUUUAGCUGGUUGAGCGACAUGGGCUUUGAGAAAUAAGUUAAUUUGAAUUUUGAGAAACUUCUAAACGAUAGUUUCCCUCGUCCUUAAAAACGAUAGUUUCCCUCGUCCUUAAAAAAAGAAUUAAUCAUCCGCUAAUUGUAGAUUGUCGUGUUGGGUGACGAGCAGAGGUGUACCAAAAUGUAAGAAUACAUCCUGGUUUUUAAGACUGUACUUAAAAGAAAUUACUUUAAGUGUACAAAUUGGAAAAAGAUGAAGAAACGCAAAUUCAAUUUCUUGUCUUCCGUUCGUCCAACUGGUUUGCGCACCAGAGCUUGCACUUUUAAUCUUCAAGUUCCCUACCCGCGGUCUAAUUCUGGAAAGCGCACAUUUGCAUACUCUGUUGCUACCCUUUUCAAUUGCCUGGACAAUGACCUUAAGCAAAUAGUUUGUGUAUAUCCUUCCUCUAUUACUUUUUCAUCUAGAUUAAAUAAUUUAAGCAUAAACUUCUUAUAUUAUUCCUUAAGUUUGUUGGUAAUGUUUCUCAUCUUGAAGAAUUAAUGUGUUGUGGGUGUCUUUUUCUCUUUACUGUAACUGUAUUAGAAGGUAAUUAAGGUUUAUCACCUUACAUCUAUGUUGAACCAAAUAUUUGUAUGGUUUUAGUUUCUCUUGUAAAAAGUCGUAUCUUGCUGAUUAGGCAUUGUUUUAUAUGUGUAUUUUGCAUUGUUGUGAAGGCCGUAAGUUAGAUAACUCAUUGGGUUAAUUACGUCACCUUUGUUAAAUAAAGAAUA